CUGUCGGUAAGGUAGAGUAGUUGUUUUGGGAGAAGUGGAAUGGAGCAGAAAGAUGUCUUAAAUAAGAAAAUGGAUAAUAUUUGUCGCAUUUGCUUACAUGAAUUCAACAUCAUGUCACCUAUUUUCAAAAGAUUUGAUGGUGAACAUGAAGGAUUUGAAGACCUUUUAUCUUUGGCAGAUAAAAUAUCGUCCAUCGCGCAGGUUCAGUUGAAAGAAAGCGAUGGCUUGCCACAAUCAAUUUGCUCAUCGUGUCGACUGCAAGUUGAUAAAUUUCAUGAUUUUCGAGUCCUCGUGGAAGUUUCUGAUCGUACGUUGAGAUCAUAUUUAGAAUCAGCAAAGGAAACAGUUAAUUUGAAAAGUAGAGAUGAUGCAGUGGAGUAUAAACAAUUCACUACGGCAAAUCUUGCGAAUGAAGACCUUAAUUUGGAUGGAGUAAAUACGAUAAUAGUUCCAACAGUGGAAGGCAUGGAAGUAUGGAAAAUCUGCGACGUAAACAAAGAAGAACCAGAAUUAGAAGAGGAAACUUACGAAAAUAAUGUUUUAAGCGAUUUUGAACCAUUCGAAGAUACUAGUCAGAUGGGAAUGGAAACAAAUUUGAUGACUCCGGAGCUGUGUUCAGCAGAUGCCUCUGAAAGGAAAACGAAAGUCCAACGUUGCCAGAAAUGCAUCCGAUGUAACGAGUUUUUCCGCGACAGUAAAGAACUCUCUACCCACUUACAUGAUCACGCAGUGGAGGACGAAGAGAAUAAUCUUGGGUCUGACAUUAAUUGUCAGCUUUGUUUCGAACCCUUUUCAUCAUUAAACGCCCUAAAGAUUCACAUACAAGAUCAUUUCUUCGAUUCCAGAGCAAUAAGUUCCGAGUUUAGGAUAAAACCAAAUAUAGAAGAACAGGAGCAAGUCAAUGAGAAAUAUUAUUGUUCUCAGUGCAAGGAAGAAUUCCUGACUGCGGAUCAGUGCUCUGAACAUGUGAAGCGACACUCGGAAAAAAAGAAAUUCAGAUGUGGUAUAUGCAGCCGAUUGUUUUCAAGAAACUCUUCAAGGAAAAGGCAUGAAUUAAAACACGCAGAAAAACGUUUCGAUUGCCCUGAUUGUGGGAAAUCCUUUAAGAAAAAAACGGAAUUGAGAUAUCAUAUCAGUUGCCACGUGAACGCACCGCCCACGUGUGAUUUUUGCCACAAACAGUUUCAGAAUGCCCAGUCGCUGAAAUUGCAUCGAAAGCGACACACGGGUGAAAGUGCAUACGUCUGCAAAACCUGCGGUAAAAAUUAUUACUCGAAUUCCGAAUUAAAUAGACACAUUCAGAUACAUCUGGGAAGAAGAGAUUAUCCAUGUUCUUUAUGUAAUCAAUCUUUCUUCUCAAAACCGGAACUUACUAGACACAGCAAGUAUCACAGAGGCGACAAGAAAUUCAAGUGUAGUCUUUGCCCGAAAUCGUAUUUCGAGUCGGGUCAUCUUAAAAUUCACCUCAGAGUACAUACCGGAGAAAGACCCUUCACUUGUGAUAUUUGUGCCAAAGCCUUCAUUUCUAAAUCCAAGCUCAUUAGGCAUCAGAAAAUUCAUUUUAAGAAUAGAGCUAAGAAAAAUAAGACUGUUGAGAUGGAAAAUAGCUUUUAAUUUAUUAUAUGAAAUGUUAAUUGUCCUUUCGGCAAAUCUCUGGAAUUUUUUUACUUUGAGUGUAUUAAACAAUUUAUUUUGCAGUGAAAAAAUACUGUACUUAUAGUUUUUUAAAUCAAAAUUUAAAAGUUUCAGAGAUUUGC